GUUGCUUUCUUCAUUGAGUAAUCUAAAUAAUUAAUACGAAGUGGUGUUUUGUGGUUAAUGAUCGCAUUAAGUUAGUCGGAAGACAUUCGCGAGUGUUAUUAUAUUGGAGUAUUCAAUAAACAAAGUGUAUCUGCCUAUUUUCGCUUCGUGCUGGGAAGCCGCUUCAUAACUCAAAAGUUUAUGCGGACUUUUGAGUUAAUUCGUUUGGGGUUCGGAGUAGGAGUCUACUCCGAGGGUGGGGGCUUAGGUUUCAUCAUCAUCACCUUUCAUCAUUUCAUUAAUCAUCAAGAAAAAAAAUACGUCAGACAUGGCUGUAUGGGCAUAGUUCCCUUUGCCUUACCCUUCGGGGAAAACCAAAACAAAAAAAAAAUGAGAUGUCGGUCAUUGUAAUCAAAAAUCAAAACAUUGCGGUUCUUGAUUUUUAGUUUUUUGCUUAUUAAUUCUUAAUAAGUAAAUUAUACAUAGGCAGUAUCGUUUAGUGGUAUAAAUGAAAUGUCGUCUCCGACAUUGCUCUGUAUUCAAAAUCUUUCGUAUUGCAGUACAAGCAAAGAUGUUCCGAGUUGGAGACUCAAAUGCUGGAGACUACGCCUCGUAGCGAACCAUCGUACCGGCAGCCAGCGAAGACUUCUAUUGCGCUGCCGCCGCCGCCGGUGACAUCUUCCUCGAGCGCUGACUCUCGCAGGGAUGAGACCAUCAGGGACUUGGAAACAGCUUUGAGGAGACUUGAUGAGGAGAAGCGCAAGUGUGAGAAGCUGGUGACCCAGAACAACCUGCUCCGUGACCAACUGGAGGAGUCCCACCAGCUCAACGAGGCUCUGACUAAUGACCUGCAGAAGCUCACCAAUGACUGGGAGACACUCCGCGACGAGAUGGCCAUCAAGGAAGACGAAUGGAAGGAUGAAGAACAGGCCUUCAACGACUACUACUCAGGCGAGCACAACCGCCUGCUCAGCCUGUGGCGUGAGGUGGUCGGCGUGAAGCGCUUCUUCUCAGAACUACAGACGUGCACGGAGCGUGAUCUGUACCGGGUUAAGAACGACUUCGAUUCUGCGGCCAGGGAGCUUGUUGGAACGCUAAGUGGGUUCGCUAUCAAUGCUUAUGCCAGUGGACAUGGGAACAAGCCGGACCCGCACCAUCAACCCGCGCCAGGCUACUCCCCCGGCUACGACUCCGCCCCCUCCGUAACAGUGGAGACUCUGCGCGUGGAAUUGCGUGAUGUGACGUCACAGCGGGACUCGGCGCUCGCUGAGCUCCGCGAGAGGGACACGCGGAUACAACGCCUGCUCGGAGAGCUGCAGGGACUGGAGGAGCGUUGCGAUUGCGCAGAGACGUUGUGUUCGGAAGCCAACGUGAUGCGCUCGGCGCUGGAAGAGAUUGCGCGCGCACUCAUACACGACUCUGAGACCGACGUUGUUCCAUCUAGCGUGCACUUGUCUGAUCGAUCACCAAAACGCAGCGUGCCUCAGUCAGCUAACGCAACAGCGUUCGCGGAGAGCUCGAUAUCGGCAGUACAAGCAGCUCUGCACAAGUACCAGAUCCAGAUCCACGAGCUGCAAGUGAAGCUGCAGAACGCGCGGGAGCAACUCGCCGGCGCCAGGAAGCAUUGCGACGCGGCUGACCAGACUAUAGGACAGUUGGAGGGCAAGGUGCACGAUUUGCAAGUGAAACUGGACCAAGCUAACGCGGAUUUGAACCAGCAGACGCAAGAGAAGGAGUCUUUGCAGAAAACUGUUGAAUCUCUGCGCAUAGACAAGAACAACUUGGAGAGGAACAGAGUCGAAAUUAACGCUAUGGUAGAGUCUCUAACGUCAGACUACGAGAAACUUCAGAAGAUCAACUCCCGCUUAGAGAAGACCAUAGAGUCUCUGGAAAAUGAGAAGAGGAAUCUCAACUCUGAAGUGGACCACUUGCAUCGCGAGGCGCAGACCAGGGAGACUGUUCUGAGAGCGGAAGAAGAGCGUUCAUCACGCUUCCGCGGAGAGCUGGUGACAGUGAGAGAGGACCUGAACAAGACAGCCUUGGCCAAGGACUUGCUGGAACAACAGAAGAUGGAGUCAGACGCUAUAAUAUCGCAGAUGGAGAAACAUAGGAGUGACCUUGAGAUCGAGCUAGAGAGAACUCUCAUAGAGAGAGGUGACCUGCAAGAUCUGGUGGAGAAACUCGAGUCUGCCAUCAGAAACUUGGAGUGUGACAAGAAGAAACUGCUAGAAGAUGUUAAACAGCUAGAAGACGAGAAAUCUUCCCUCUCAAGCCAGACAUCAGAGCAACAAGGGGAUCUCAACUCCUUGCGUAAAGAACUACUAGCCGCAGAACAAACAAGGAUGGAACUCGAGGCAGACAAGGCUUCGCUCUAUGAGAAGAUCAAGUUCUUAGAGACUGAAAGGGAGAGAGUUGAGCUGGAACUGCGUCAGGUAGCUAGGGAACGCGGCGAGCUGAGCUCCCAACUAACAGCCAUGGUCCGUAAGAAGGAUACAUUAAACGAAGAGAUCAUUCGCUUACAACAGCGACUCGAACAGGCCAAUGAGACCAUAGGACGCAUCAACAGAGCGCUCGAAGACCAUGUCAAGGAUGGGGAGGAGAAACAGAUGUUUAUAGACAGCCUGGAGAAAGAGAAGCAUCACCUGCAAGAGCAGCUGGCGGGCGUGCGGUCGGAGAAGGAUGCGCUGGAAGCCGUCCUGUUUGAUACUGCCAACAUGCUGGAGGACGCCGACAACAAGCGAGCCAAGCUCGAGCAGGAGCUGCAGGACACACUGGUGCAGUGCGAGAAUUAUAAAGGUCAGAUCACCCGUCUUACUAAAGACCUGGAGAACAGCGAGAAGAAGCUACGAGACACACGAACCUCGCUUCAAUCACAAGCUGGGAAGAAGGAGGCAGAAUACCAGCAAGUGCUAACCAAUCUGCAACGCACAAGCGCUACUAACAUCAACAAGCUUAAAGAGGAAAAGGAACAACUCCGUCAAACCCUAGAACAGAAGUUGAGUCAGACCAUUGCUGCUUUAACAAGCGAGAAGGAGUCAUCGGAAGCCAAUGCGAGGGAGCGAGAGAAGAAACUGUUGCUCGCGAGAGACCAGCUGAUACUGCAACAUGACGAGGCUAUGCUGCGCGCUGAGAAUGAUAAGCAGCAGGCUUUGCUAAUGGCACAUCAAGAACAGCAAGCGCUCAUAGAACGCUUAGAAGAACUGAAGCGUGCGCUGGACUGCGAACAGAACAAGUUAGAACGUGUUCGCAGAGACGCGCAGGCGCGGGCCGAUCAGGACCGGACGUAUGUCAACCAGCUGAAGGAUGAGCUGGCUGCACUGAAGACACGACUUGAUGAGGCUAAGGCGGCGGCUGAGGAUGAAUGCGCUCGCUUCGAGAAUCGCAUCAAGGAGCUCCACCUGGAGAAAGAGGCCGUGACCCGCGAGUGUACCGAGGUGCGCGCGCAGCUGUCGCUGGCCGAGGACAAGUACGACAACGCGUACGCGCAGCUGCAGGACACCAUACGCAAGCUCAAGGAGUUGGAAAACGAAGCAGAUAGUCUUCGCAAAGAACUGACAGAUGUGCGUCGCCAGCUGAGCAACUGUAUAGCCGAGCGCGACAAGUAUAGCGCUAGUUGUCGCGACCUGCGCGAUCACGUCAAACGGGCCGAGCACGAACGUCGCGAAGCCGCCAGGCAGACGGACGAGGCAUACCACAAAAUCACCAGUUUAGAAGAGAACCGCACGACUCUUGAGCUAGAGGUGUCUCGUCUUCAGACGUUGCUCAAGGAAGCGGAAUCGGGCGGCGAACAUGUGACGCGCUCGCUCAAAGCCACCGAAGCGCAGUUGAAGAGGGAACGCGCUGCUUUGGAACAAGCUAACCAUGAUAUCAAGGAGUUGCAUUCCAGACUCCAAAACGAGACAGAAGAACGCGAGCGUUGCGCUAACGAAGCAGCUGCAGCACGAAGGCACGGCGCUGAGUUAGAAGCAAUGCUGGGAGCCGCUAGGGCUGACCUCGCUGCUUGUCGCCAACGAGGAGCUGAGCUGGAGGAAGCUUGCCGGGCCAGGGACCAGGAACUGGUGUUGCGACUCGAAGAUUGCCGCUCGAAGGAGCGUCGCUUAGAGGAGCUCAAACACAACUUGGAGGUGUGUCUUGCUGACGCCACGCAGCAGAUCCAAGAGUUGAAGGCCCGUCUCGGAGGCAGCGAAGGCCGCUGCCGCGCGCUAGAAGCAUCGCUUUCUCAAUGCGAGAACGGCAAACGCGAAGCCGAAGCCAAGUUGUCAUCGAUAGUGCACGCGCUGCGGCGAGUGUGUGGCGUGCAGGCCGACGGGUCGGUGCAGGCGGCUGCCAGGAGGCGGCUCGCUAGCCCCGCCAGGAGAUAUAGUCCGCAUAGAGGUCGUGAUCACUCAGAAGACCGCAACGAAAUCAUAGACGUGGACCCGGAAAUGAUCAAGAAAGGCGUUCGCAAUCUGAUGCACGAAGUGUGCCAAAUAGAGAGAGAACGGGACGACUUCAAGUCUCAGAUGAACAUGCUGAAGAAACAGUUGAAGGAGGCGACCGACCAACAGGGCAAGGGUGAAGGGAAGUUACAGUCGGUUACCAGCAACCUGAGGAAUAUCCAGGAGGAGAAGGCUCGUUUGCAGAGCACAGUUGGCCAGAAAGAGGCGCAGUUGAAUGCUUUGAACGAACAAGCUCAAGCGAAGACAGUGGAGAUCAGUAACCUGAGAGACAAGAUCACCAGCUUGGAAGCUGCUUUGAGCUCAGUCUCAGAAGAGAAGGUACAGAAUGAGAACAAAUCUGAAAAUCUCCGUGUACAACUAGCAGAACGCGUGCAAGAGGUCGGGCAGUUGCGUGAAGCUUUGGCAGCUGCUGAAGGUCGCGCAGCGCGUUUGGACGUGAGGAGAGCUCAACUGGAGGGCGACAUCCAGCGCGCCGCUGUCGCUGCCAGAGAUAGAGAUCAAGCUUUGAAGAAACUCCAAGAACGCUGCGAAGGUUACACCCGCACGAUUGCCUCUCUGGAAGACAGAUGCACGUCUCUCAAAGGCACAGUAGAGCAGCUGUCUACGUCGCUGCAGAAGGCAGCGACGGCCGAGAGCGAGCUGCGAGCGGAACUGAGCAAGACGCAGCGGAUGCUCAACGAAGCCAAGAACAACGAGCAUAACGCUGUCGACAAGCUGAGGCAGAUUCAGAAGAGUAUUGCCAACUGCGAGAAUGAACGUCGUGUACUAAGCGAGAAACUGGAGAGUGCUAAGACGGCGUUAGGCGAACUGAAGCGAAUGAAUGCGACACUAGAAGACCAAGUGCACAGACUGACUAACCAGCUGGCCAACGUAGAAGUACAGAGGUCCGGGCUAGAGUCGCAGCUCCGCAUGACGACAUGGGACGGUAAGGAGAGCAACGACAGCGAGUUGGAGCGAGAACUACACGCGUUGCAGCGCGAGCGAACCGAGAUGAAAGCCAAGUGCGACGCUUUACAGGAUGCCGUACGUAAGAUGGAGGCAGAUCGCCGCAUGCCACGGCCGUCCGCUCUACGAAGCAAGAGCCACGAUAGAACCGAGAAGAGCGUCUACUAUUCAGACUUGGAUUCAGGCCCAGAUUCAACGAAGGACUCAUCAGGUCGUUACAAGGAGCCGCCUAGUUGCACGUGCAAAGGCAAGAGCUUCUCCACUGAAUUGAGCCUCGUGGAGCUGGAGAAUAGAGAGCUGAAGAUGAAGAUACGGCGCCUCGAGAAGGAACUCUCUGAUAAGGAAGCAGAGCUGUCAAUAGCCCGCAACCGCUACCUGACGGACCUGUCGAGCGUGUCUCCGAACAUGCGCGAGGACGUGGAGCACUACCGCCAGGCGGCGCUGCAGGCUGAGAGGCUGCUUGAAGCCAGGGAGGCCAGCCACCGGCAGCAGAUCGUGAGGCUGGAACAUCAGGCGUCCCAGCUUCGCGCCCAACUAGCGGCCGAGAUCCGUCGCCGGCAAGCCUACGUGGCUCGCAGCGGCCGCGCCGCCAGGGACGUGCAGCGCCUGCGCAGUGCCUUGGGUGACUCUUUGCGUACUGUGUCCCAGGACCCGGCGCUGGACUCGUACACCUUGGAACACGAGGCGCGGAAACUGGAUAGUACUCUCGCCCACAGCCUUCCACCACUUAACGACAGCUACGAUUCCUCCAAAUAAACCACCACUUCACACCAGCAUAUGCCAAACUACAAACAACCAUAGUCGAGUAUAACGCUAAUGGCUAAGGAAGAUUUGUAAGACUUAUCAACUAUCAUAGACUGUGAAAGGGUUCGCGGAGUGUAACGCCUCAUCAUCAUCUCCCUAGCAUUAUUCCAGGGUCCGCUUACGUAACCUGA